AACGGCUGGAAACUAGAGGCAGGCGCCAUGGAGUACACGGGAAGCCAAUAUAUUGGGGAAUUUGUAGAUGGGAGGAUGGAGGGUGAAGCCGAAUACAUCCUCCCUACCGAAACAAAAUAUGUUGGGGAAAUGAAGGACGGCAUGUUUCAUGGCCAAGGAACCUUGUACUUCCCCAGUGGGAGCCGAUACGAUGCCAUUUGGGAGGAAGGAUUGGUUGUAAAGGGCACGUACACCUUCUCAGACGGGCUGCAGUAUGAUGCUGAGAACUGGCAUUACUGUGACAGCUACGAUCGGAGGUUUUACACUGAGAUCUGCUAUGGCUUGAAGCCUGCAGGUAUCUCUCAACUCACCAACAUGGACCCGCCUAGAAAAAUCCCUCCAGGCUGUUAUGACUGCGGAGACGGCUUCUAUAACCCGACCACGAGGAUUGUCAAGGACUAUAAGAAUUGCUUUCUGAGAAAUGCAGAUGAUGACGAGCACGAGUGGAUCAUCCGGACGUGUCGGAAGGGCUGGAACGAGACCAUGGGUCCUAAGCCCAAGCCGUGAGUGCUA